AUGUGUUCAGUAACCUGUGCUUUUACAACUCAAAUUACUCUUUCAUUCACCCAUCUUUCGGCACGGAAGGGAGAAAACUGGAGAAGAACAGUAAUUGGAAAGCUGAAGUCAUGUGACUUGCACAAAAUGGCGGAAGCUGGAGAGGAGGCUGAUGAACCACUGAUUGUUGGUGUGUCUGUUGUGUGUGAGACCAGCAUCCAACCACAUCUAACACUAGGCUGCCUUGUCCUCAAAGAGUCCCAGAAAUCUGAAUCUCUCUCAUCUCUUCGAUGUCAGAUAAAUGCCCAAAUAAGAAGUCUCCCAUCUGAAUACAUCUUCGUCACAUCUCACAGGUGGCCUGUUGAGAGAAGUCAGGAAAGCUCACUUCAUCUUCAACACAUUUUGACUCCAGAGGAGCUGUAUGGAUCAGCAAGCAAUAUGCAAAGCCAAAGAUUGGAAUCAAAGCUAAGACUGGCAUGGCCCUGGGCUUUGUGUUUACAGACUUCACCAGCAGACUGUCCAGUCUUCGACAGGCCAUCAACCAAGAGACUAAGACAGCUGAGUUUCCGCACAUCGAAGGAUACAGAUCGGCAGUCGAGUGUUGAUGUGACGGAAGUGACUGACACGUCACCAGACACGAAGCAGCUUCUCAUCAGCUAUGUUCGUGCCGAAGCUGCUGACCAUGCCCUCAAGUUGAAGGAGGAGUUGUCUGUCCUUGGAUUUAGCGUGUAUUUGGACGUCCAUGAGAUAAAGAGUGGAGUAGACUGGCAGGACUCCCUAAACGAUGCUGUCAGCAAUUGUGAGGUGUUUGUGCCCCUCGUUACACCGAGAUAUGGCGAGACACAGUGGACAAAUAGAGAGGUGAAACUGGCAGACGUGUUGGGCAAGUAUAUACUCCCGGUCAACUUCCUGGACACUUGGCCGCCCCGAUGUCUGGCAAUACAGUUCGCAACAACACAGUACAUCUGUUGGAAGUCUCCAGCUCAGAUACAGACAGAGGUGGAUCAGGGGAAGGGCUCUCAGGCCACAGACAUCCGCAUCUGGGACAGAGGGUAUAUAGAACAAACGGCCAGCCAGAUUGGAGAGAGGCUAGAGCAACUCAGACAGGGAGUGAUGAACAGAGUUCCCUCCCUUACCCGCCGGAAAACUCUGAUGAAAACAUUUGCCGGCAAGCUGCCGGAGGGCAUCGUCAGUAUAGACGAGUCUGUAAACGGGGAGAAGGCGUUGGUUGUUAUCUGUGUGCAUCCCAACCAAACUGCAUUUGCUAAGGACCUGAGGCAGCUCCUUGAGGGGGCGGGGCUGGGGGUGUGGUGUACAGCUAAGAACCUGAGGCAGCUUCUUGAGGGGGGGGGCUGGGGGUGUGGUGUACAGCAACACACAAACCUCAUACAUGUUGUCUGUCCACAGGCUAAGAACCUGAGGCAGCUCCUUGAGGGGCUGGGGGCUAAGAACCUGAGGCAGCAACACACAAACCUCAUACAUGUUGUCUGUCCACAGGCUAAGAACCUGAGGCAGCUCCUUGGGGGCGGGGCUGGGGCUAAGGACCUGAGGCAGCUCCUUGAGGGGGCGGGUCUGGGGGUGUGGUGUACAGCAACAGGGGAGAGAGACACAACAGAGUCAGAGUCAGACACUCUACCCCUCAGCCAAGACAGUAAGUUUUUUGGGAGCCAAGAAUUAAACAACAAUGUGUUAACCCUGUGUCCUAGCAACCAGAAAUUCCAAGAAUUUGCAGACAGGGCAUCUGUUGUUAUCAUCAUUUUGUCACAAGCUUUCUCAAGGUCAAGGACAUGUCAGCAGCAGGUGUUUUAUUGUGAGCACCGGAAGCGAGUGAUUCCUGUCAAGUUUGAGGAGUUUCGCAUGCCUGGCUGGUUGAGUAUGCUGAUUGGGACAAACUACAUUGAGAGCGUGAAGCAGACAAACUUCGGACAGAGUCUGUUGACGCGGGUCCAGAGGUGUACCGAUCCCAGCAGCUGCAACAACCUGCGGGAGGAGUUUGAUGAAGUCCGACUCACACGUACAGUGAACCACAUCAAGGGUCGAGUCGGGCAGACGUCUUGUGUGUACAUCUCUGGCAGCACUAAGUUCUACAACACCAUCACUGAGGCCGUCUGUCGAUCAAUUGGAAGUGAGUUGGCGCAGCUCCCAAACAUCGCCAUGGCAACUGGUGGGUUUUUUGGUGUUGGCGAAACUGUCAGUCUGACUUUUUAUGAGGAAUCUCAAAGACUGUGGAGGAAGAACAGUGUGUGGCAUGUCCUGCCUGAACGUGAUAACCAGGAUCGACACCAGCAAGCCCGCCAAAAUCCAGAUCUCACCUUCGGUAUUGUUCCUUUUGGGAAGACAAUAUUCUGUGGCGACAGUGUGCGUGAGAGGGAGAAUGUCGUGGCUCGAACUUUUGAUGUCUGCAUUCUCAUUGAAGGUGGCCCUGGUGCAGCACAUGAGGCAGAACAGUUUGUAUGGAACGACCAUGUUGUGAUCCCGGUCCGGUGCACAGGGGGCGCUGCAGGCGGCAAGUUUAGCAUCCCAGACAAGAUAUUUGAGGUACCACAUGGAGUGUCAGAAUAUGAUUGGAGCAUGCUUGGCAAACCAGAUGUCUCAGCCAUUGAAAUUGGCCAAUCAGUGAGCAGGAUUGUACAGGCACUGUUUGACAAGAUGUCAACAGAAGAUUUAGCAUCUCAGCAAGACACACCCACAAAGGUCACCAGUGUGACCCCCUCAAUGUCCCCCUGCAAGACCCCUAGCCCAUCUCGGGUAGCAGGAAAACCCAGUCUCACAACCAUGAGGACGGUGCUACUUGGCUAACAACUGGUUCCUCAUCAAAGAAGAACUGUGAUACAGUAAUGUAAUGCAUUAUAAAUACAGCAGUUACCGUAAUGCAUUAAUUAUAUUUUCUAAUUAUUUUUUAUUAAUAUGAUUGUCACUCAUAACAAUUGAUGUAUUCUUGCCUGAUAUCUGAAUGACAAGUGCUGUUUAGAGUAAUAGGAGUGUUUGAAUUAAAGAGACAUAUGCUUUGUUAUAUAAUGGGGUAUAUUUUAUGAAAUGGUUACAUGUUUUACUCCAGCACGAGUGAUUUAUCAUGCUGUAUUUAUGUAUCAGGGGCCAUUACUGUUAUUGUAUAAAUUGUCUGUCAGUAUUGUGAUGCAGUCAUUGUUGUUUAAAGAGUAUUUUAUGUUUCAAUGCAAACUUUUUGCCAUACCCAAAAAUCAUAUUUGCCAACAACUUAUUUUUUAAUAUUAUUUUCCACCCCCUUUUUUACAUUCCUCAUGAAAAUAGUUGCUUCAGAGAAAUUUGAAAAUUUUACAUUUAUGUCCAGCCUAACUGGUCUUUCAUUAGAACAAAUGUUUGCUUGUGUAGACCCUGCCAAGUAUAUUAAGUAUCGGCACCCAUUUUGAAAUAGAAUAAUGUUGAUGUUAUGAAUCUUGUUGCUUUGACAUGUGUCGAACAAUUGUGUAUAAAUGUUCAUUUCAGUAUCAUUUGACUAAUAAUAAGUGUAACGGAAAGUAGUCUGCUUGUACUAAGAGUAGUUGUAAGAAUGAAACCAUGACAACAUUACUAAUAUAUGCAUUUGUUUUGAGGUUUGUAUAGGAUAUAUAUGUAUGUUCCUUUCAUUUUAUACAUAUUUAUGAGGAAUUGAAUAUUAUUUGUUGAACAAGCAUUAUAUAUAUUUGAGUUUGGUGAUGGAAGGGAUUUAUUUAUGUGUUUUUGAAGCAGACAUUUCAUCCAAGUUCCAAGAUUAGCAAGGUUAGUUUCAGUUCAACUCUGACAAACAUGUUGAAGAGUGCAUCCAUAAUUUACUCAAAAUACAUUUUUCAUUCACAGGGUUUUAAUCAUAAAAUAAAUGGGGUUUUAUUACUAGCUGUACUAUGAAUUUUGAAAAUACUAUAAUCUGACUAGUCAAACAGAGGUUUCAAAUCAUAAUAACAACCUCUGAUUAAAACGUAGGUCUACAUCACCCUGUUAUGUUUAGUUAACCCCCAGUAAAAGAACAUAUAGCUUAUAACAUGCUGUCUACACUGCCAUUGUUUAUGUUUGUAGUCAAAAGUAUGCAUAUAUUGGUUUCUUUCCGCUUAUUAGAAAUAUUAAGAUGUGAUUUUUUUGACAACUUUCUGUGGUAUGUUCUAAAGAUUCAUGAGAGAAAAGCUUUCCCAAUUUUAUCUGAUCUGACUCCACCAUGAACCAGAUUCCAGUAUUUAUUGCCUUGAUACUGUUAUGAUACAGCAGACUGUACAACAUUCCCACAUUUCUCUCACAGCUGACUGUAUAACAUCCCCACAUUUCUCUCACAGCAGACUGUACAACAUUCCCACAUUUCUCUCACAGCUGACUGUAUAACAUCCCCACAUUUCUCUCAC